AUGGCCCAAAACCGCGCGCGACAAACUACACGCUCUGCUGUCAGAUUAGGCCGGACACCUUCGUUGUCCUAUUCCAAGACCUAUAUUGGUGAUCAGACCGCCUUUUCACGUCACUUUUCACAAACUGCCUCCAAAUUCGAUGAUCUGCGAGAUUCCUCGAGGAUAUUCUGUCCUAGAACGGAGCCUCAGAGUCAGUACUACUCUAAAAGGCCUUUUGAAAGUGGUGCCAAUACGUCCGUUCUGAAGCGAAACUCUUCGUUCAACGUACUUGAGCAUGGAGAGAAGAGGCAGAUGUUGUUUGGUGUUCGACCUCCAGAGCAGAUCAACAUACCUAAUGCAACCAAUGCUCAACUCUCGGGCUACAGAAGGACGCAAUUUAUGAAGGCUGCUUGUAGGCGGUCUACUUCUUUGAUGACACAAUGCAGACCUAAAAGAUUUGUCAGCCAGCCGGCUGUCUCCUUGAAUAUUGCCGUCACUGAAUCGCCCACAAAGUUAGUUGAAAAGGAAAACCGUAGCUCGGGAAAAAGUUCGUACAGACAAAGUUCGACGGAAUCUGAUGGCUUCAGUGAUAUGUCGACGAUGUCUAGCGAUGAGGUUCUGUUGUUUAUGUGUGUUUGACUGUUGCUAACUUCUUUUUGUUGAAUCCUUAGUUUUUCCGUCCAUUUUCGUUAUCUAAUUUUAUUAACCAUGAAGUCAUUAUCAUUUUUUUCAGAAUGCAACGGAAAAAACUGAACUUCCGACGUUCGCCACCACAGGAGCGUUACCUAGGCGGACCAAUGGCUACAAAUCCACUUCAGACAAGAACGAGCAGAGCUACCGUGUAUUAUAUGAACAGAAGUGCGAGGAGAAUGACAGGUUACGGAAGGAGUUGGAAACCCUGAAACAUCAGGUAGGUUCAGUUGAGGGUCAGAGGUAUUUUCUGUUUCCACCACCGUUUUACUUCUCUGCUGUGUCCCUUGGAUUUUGUAGCCUUUGAGUGGCGUGUCUUAAAGCGAGUCGAUUUCAGGCCACCCACGCCCAGUCUGGACCGAAUGUUCAAGGAGCGCUUCGGCGUCCCAGCCCCGGAGUUAUUGGAGCAACAGCUUUGGGAACGACGGGUUCGAGUACAUCGACAUCCAGCGCGAGCCACAACAAAUUCGACUCGACUUCGAUCUCGAACUCCCUUUCGUCACUAUCCGACUCCACGAAGCUAACGGAUUAUGAGCGGCGACAGUACGAACGCAAAAUAUCAGAGCUCGAACAUGAACUUCAGGUAUGUAUAGGUUGUUUUAACAUCAACUGUACUUGUUUUUUUUGUAAAAAUGAAGUUUUUGAAAAUAUUCAAAAUUAAACUAUGAACUUACAUUUCCAGAAGGCGAAACAGCUUCAAUCCGACCACAGACGGCUGAAGGACGAGAACAAUGCUUUGAUCCGAGUCAUCUCUAAGCUCAGCAAGGAGACCAACUCCUCUACUCGUCCAAGUGCCCCAGGAUCAGCCUCGACUGGCCUCACGGUCCACUCUUCCUCCUAA